CAGAAGAGAGAUCGGGAGUCACGGAGGGAACGGACGAGGAAAAGCCCUUGGAUAAAUUAUAGGCUAUUUGCAUUCUCACUCAACAAAUCCACAUAUGCAUUUGGAAAUGUUACUGGUGCUGGCCUGUGCGUUGUUCGUUCCUCUAACUGACAGCAAAAAGACUUAUGGUGACAUGUUCCCUCACAAACACGACCUCCCUAUUCCAUUCCCAAUCCCUGGAUGGGAACCGGACACGAACCCUUGGGACGAAUCUCUGUAUCCCUCCCUCAAACAGCUGCUGAAUCGCAGACAUGAUAAACCACCGAAGGUGCGCCUCACGAGCGACAGCCCAGCCAUGAACGGCUCGAGCGUCUCAUUCACCGCAGCUCUGGAGUUUCCACCCUGUCAGAAGGAGGACAGCAACGGCAACCUGGUGUACGACGAGCACUGUGACGACGGUAUGACGGAGGCCUCAGCCAAUGGACAGGCGCGUUCAGGAUAUGUGUUUAACUGGACAUCCUGGUUGGAUGACUAUGGCUUCGGAAGGUGUACAGAUCUGAAGAGGUGCAAUGUUUUUCCUGACGGAAAGCCUUUUCCUCAGAGCAAUGACUGGAGGCGUAGAGGUUAUGUGUACGUGUGGCACACCAUGGGCCAGUAUUUUGAGACAUGUGAUGGCUCCUCCUCCCAUCUGACCCUGAAUACCACUAACAUGACGUUUGGAGCUGGUGUGAUGGAGGUGAUGGUGUACCGUAAACGCGAGCGCAGGAAGUACAGCCCACUCUCUGUGGACAAUACCGUGUUCUUCAUAACAGAUAAGAUUCCACUUUCUGUGAACAUUUCCCAGAAGCAUCCAGCCAGCAUAUCUGACAAAAACGUCUUUGUCAGAGGGUCAGAUGUGAUUUUCAACGUCCAGAUCCACGACCCAAGCAACUAUCUGAAGACAGCUGACGCGGUGGACUUCAUUUGGGAUUUCCGGGAUGGCAACCAGUUGGUCACCCACAACAACGUGGCAACCCAUGCCUACAACACUCUUGGAAACGUGACAGUCAAGCUCCUCGUGGAGGCAUCGUUCCAUGUGCCCUGCCCGCCGCCGACUCCAACGCCAAUGCACUUCACACAAGCUCAUACCACGGAGAUGCCCACGUUACCGCCUGGCACUCACUCAUUCACAGCCAAAAUGGAGACCACCAAGGCUCCCAUCAUCACCAAUCCUUCACCAACCACCACUCCUCGAGUCCCUACAACUGCUGUCCCAACAGCACAACCGUUCCCAACCGAUUCAGAGGCGACGUCCAUUACAGCAAGCGCUGUGCCUGAGACCACUUCCACCUACAAGCGGCCCACCACACCGCCGAUGAUCAAACACACACACUUCAAGGACUGUUUCCGUCAUAUGUACGGAUCCUUUGAAGGCGAGAUCCUCAUCACCGAACCCCCUCUGUCUCUGCAGAACCUGCCAACCAAUCAGAUUUUAAAGGUGUCCGCCGACAAAGUGUCCAACACAUCUGUAAACUUCAUGGUGACUUGCUCAGGCAGCGUUCCCUCGGUGGCCUGUACCAUAGUGGCCAACUCCACCUGUCAGGAGGUCAAGAACAUCGUUUGCGAGGACGUGGCCCCUUACAGCGAAGGAUGCAAGAUCAGCUUGACGCGCAUUUUCCAAACCCCGGGAAAUUACUGUGUUAACAUCACGCUGGGUCUGCCCGGGGGCUUGGCUCUUGCCACCACCACCUCGGUCACAAUCGGCAACAGCCCUGACAUAAGCUCUCCUAAAUCCUCCCAUGUAGCCGAGGUGGUUCUGUCUUCCAGCGCUGUGCUUAUUUCCAUCUUUGCAUUCAUGGCGGUCAUGGUUUACAAGCGAUACAAGGUGUAUCGUCCGGUGAGACGCUCCAUGUUGGAAGAUGCUGAGAGAAAUGCUGGCAGCUGGAGUUUAGGCAAACUAAGAGCAGCUCUGUCCUCCGCCGAUGAGGAGAGAAGCCGUCUAUUGACAGAGAGGCCACUACAGACUGAUCCCAGAUGAAGCAAAGUUGCCAUUUAUUUGAUACAUUAUUUGGUAUAUUUUGAUAUUAUUUGGCUGUAUAGGUUACGUAAACCAACAAGAGAUGUCAUAGAUGUUCUUUAAGAUUAGAUUACACUGGCAUAUGUUUGACUAAAAUAAGUGUUCAUAGCAUUUCAGUUAUAUCACUUUCAAGCUUUAAAGAUUUGCAAUGAAAGAUUUGAAAUGAAUGAAAUCAGAUAUGCCAGAUCUACAGGGAUUUCCAUCUAAAAUGACUAAAACUACUACUAACCAACCAGUCAGUCAAAUGCAUGAGAAAUCAUAGUUUGGCUUUAAAAAAAAAAAAAAAUUAAAUAUAUAUUUUGAUUGAAAGGUGAAUAACCCACUUUUGAUCAGGAUUUUUCAACUAACACUUUGUCUCAAUUGAUUUGACAAGUUUCUUAAUUUGCAGACAGGAAAGUUGAUAGAAGAUCGAUGUUUUAUAAAAAGUUAAUCUUUAUUUUGAUCACAGUUAAGAGAUAUUUGAAUGUCCGAGGACUGAAAUUGGUGCGCUUUUUUUUUUUCCUGAGAAAGACCUGUUUGGUGGUAAUUAAGCUACAUUUUAAUAAAUCGCUCUACUUACAUUUUUUUUUUUUUAAUAUAUAUACCAUGAAUUAAACAUGGGAAGUUUGUGUUACUGAUCUCACAUACAUGCAGGUAUGCUCAUACAUUUUUUAAGUUAACAUUUGACAGCACUUUCAGAAAUGAUCCGAUUUUAAAACCUGUUCUCUUCUGUAAGCGCUAUAUACACACACACAUUGUAAUAAAGUUUCAAAACCACUGUUUGCUUAUCUAUACUACCUCUGCCACACACACGCUUCUGAAAAGCUUUUUUUUUUUAAGAUGGCAGUAAAGCAUUUUUAAUAUAGUAUAGGUCCUAUGACAGCUGAAAUGAAUAUGGGAAUAGAAGAGAAGGAACAA